GGCAAGAAAAGGGAGAAGUGAGAUCAGACGCAUCACGUCGCUUGGACUUAAUAAGUGUUUAUUUCGGACUUUUACAUUGGAUAUAUUGGAUUUUUAUUCAUUUCUCAUGUUUGGAAUACGUUGGAGUUAGUAUGAGGCUGUGGAUUUUACCAGUGUUGGUGUUAGGCCUUUGGUUUAGUUGUCCAAUAACUGCAGUCAAACACGAUGGUCCCAAAAGGUUCCAGUCGUGUAGUCCAAACCCCUGCAAGAACAACGCGAAAUGUCAGACUCCCAGCACAGGUGACCCAUACUGCAACUGCGGAGACCAAUAUCACGGCGAUUAUUGUCAAUCCCUCGAUCCUUGUUACAACCAACCCGAUCGUUGUAUGAAUGGUGGUACUUGUCAAGUGUAUCAGAGCAUUUCUGGGAUAGUGCCAAGAUGUUCCUGCCCUAUAGGAUAUUCAGGCACUUUAUGUGAGACUGAGGACCCACUGAGCGCCUGUUUUAGUAACCCGUGUCAACAUGGUGGACACUGCAAGCUGAUCGGAACCCUCAAGAACUAUACGUGUACAUGUGUCUCAGGAUAUAGAGGUACACAUUGUGAGUUAAAUGACUACUGUGCCUCCCAGCCAUGCCGGAAUGGUGCGGGGUGUGCGUCACUGUCCACUGGAUUCAAGUGUGACUGUCUGCCGGGAUUUAAGGAUACGACCUGCACCCAGGAUAUCAACGAAUGUACGGAGACGCCCGGAUUAUGCCAGAAUGGAGGAACAUGCAAGAAUACCCAUGGAUCUUACAGUUGCAACUGCCCACCAACCCUUACUGGCAAAAACUGUGAGAAGACCUACUACCCGUGCAACCCUAGCCCAUGUCAGAAUAGCGGCACUUGUACAAAGACGGGGCAACUGACGUACCAAUGUUCUUGCAAGCCUGGUUUCACCGGGGCAAACUGUGAGAUUAACAUAAACGACUGCGUGGAUAACCGAUGUGCUAACGACGCCACCUGUGUGGAUGGAAUUGGAACUUAUACAUGCAAAUGUCCGCCAACAUAUAAUGGUACUUACUGCACAGAAGACGUGGAUGAAUGCUCUUUAGGGAACCCGUGCAAGAACGGGGCCACUUGUAAAAACCAUGAUGGCGGGUUCCUGUGUAUCUGCGUCAAUGGAUGGGAGGGCGCCGACUGUGGGAAGAACAUCAACGACUGUUUGAAUCGGCCGUGUUACAAUGGUGGAACUUGUCACGACAGAGUUGGAUAUUACUACUGCGAGUGUCCGCCUGGGAAGACUGGACUGCGAUGUCACUUGAAUGAUACCUGUGUGAGCCGCCCCUGUCAUGCGGGAGCUUUAUGUGAUACUUCACCAAUAGAUGGCAGCUUCUUAUGCUCAUGUCCAACAGGUUACGAGGGAAGCUCUUGCUCAGAUGACAUCGAUGAAUGCACAGAAAGUUUCCGCUCGCCCUGUGAACACGGUGGCCUCUGUGUCAACACCGCCGGCUCCUUCAUCUGUAACUGCACCAAAGGUUUUACCGGCGAACGCUGUGACAUCAAUAUCAACGAAUGCGCAUCGAACCCGUGCAAGAAUGAUGGCACCUGCUUGGAUGAGAGAGGAGCCUUCAGAUGUGUUUGCAUGCCAGGUUAUGCUGGAAACCAAUGUGAGACUGACAUAAACGAAUGUGCGAGCCAGCCGUGUAAAAAUGGUGCCGUCUGCCAGGACAAGAUCGGGGAGUUCAUGUGCAACUGUCCAAUUGGUUUUACUGGUCGUACCUGUGAGACAGACAUCAACGAAUGUGUUAGCGACCCCUGCCAGAAUGAAGGGAACUGCCUGGACCUUAUCGAUGGUUACCAGUGCGCUUGUAAAAGAGGCUUCAGGGGAACGAACUGUGAAGUCAACAUCGAUGAGUGUGCUGGCGUUGACUGUUACCACGGGACUUGUCAGGAUGGCAUCGGACAGUUCACAUGCAAGUGUGAGCCUGGUUACAAGGGUUUACGCUGCCAGAUCGAUAUCGAUGAAUGCGAGAGCAAUCCGUGUCAAUAUAGCGGCACGUGUGAUAAUCUCAUCAAUGGAUACAAGUGCCACUGUCCGAGAGGAACGACAGGCAUAAAUUGUGAAAACAAUAUCAACGAAUGUUCGAGUAACCCGUGUCGCCACGGCGCCCUCUGUAUUGACGCGAUCAAUGGAUAUAGAUGUCAGUGUCGAGCGGGCUUUACUGGUCAAAAUUGCGAAGAAAAUAUCAACGAGUGUGCGUCGAACCCGUGCGCCCAUGGAGGCACUUGUAUCGACAUGGAGAAUGCAUAUCGCUGCGAAUGUCCACGUGGCUAUUAUGACCAACGUUGCCUCUCCGACAUCAACGAAUGCUCGUCAAAUCCUUGUAUCAACGGAGGGACCUGUGUCGAUGGGUUGAAUCGGUUCGACUGCACGUGUCCACGAGGAUACGAGGGAUUCAAAUGUCACGUGGAGACCAAUGAGUGUCUGUCCAACCCUUGCCAACAUGGUGGAUCAUGUAUUGAUGGAAUGGGAGAAUAUACUUGCAAGUGUGGCCCAGGGUUCACAGGUAAGAACUGUGACGUCAACAUCAACGAGUGUGCCUCGAGUCCCUGCAAGCAUGGCCAAUGUAUCGACCACAUCAACAGCUACCGCUGUGUCUGUGACCUACCAUACACCGGCCUGAACUGUGAUAUCGAGAUGAAUCCAUGUUCUCCUAAUCUGUGCAAGAACAACGCCCAGUGUGUCGCUCUACCAAACUACGAGUCAUUUAUGUGCAGCUGCCCUCUGGGAUAUACGGGUUUGUUGUGUGACCAGGACAUUGAUGAAUGUGCCGCAUCCAACCCAUGUCGUCAUGGAGCCACUUGCCAGAACACCAACGGCUCGUAUGUCUGCCAAUGUGUCCCGGGUUACGAGGGCCGCCAUUGUGAAAACAACCACGAUGACUGCGACCCGGACCCUUGUCAAAAUGGCGGCACAUGUCUUGAUGAGAUCGGUGACUACAGAUGUUUGUGCGUGGAGGGAUUCGGUGGACGCCAUUGUCAGUUUGACGUGGAUGAAUGUUCAUCUAACCCGUGUGAGAAUCGAGCAACGUGCCGGGAUUUCGUCAACUCGUAUACGUGUACAUGUGAGCCGGGCUUCAGUGGUGUGAACUGCGAGACGAAUGAUAAUGAUUGUACUGCUAGUUCAUGUCUGUAUGGAGGAACCUGUCGAGAUGGCGUCAACAACUACACAUGCGUCUGUGCUCCGGGUUACUCCGGGUCCAACUGUCAACAUCGGAUCAAUCCGUGUGAGUCGAAACCGUGUCUGAACGGGGCAACCUGCGAUGAGAAAGAUGGCGCGUACAAGUGUCAUUGUCCAUUUGGAUUCACUGGCCCACGAUGUGAGGAUUUCGUAGACUGGUGCAGCCAGAAUCCCUGUCAGCACGGAGCAACCUGUACCCAGGUGUCCAAUCAGUAUGCGUGUAAAUGUCGGGGUGGAUGGACGGGUACACUCUGUGACAUCAGCAUGGUGUCGUGUGCUGUCGCUGCCCAAGGCCGAGGGGUAACGGUGGCCAACCUUUGCCAUAACGGUGGAACCUGUAAAGAUGUGGAUAACAUCCAUACCUGUUUGUGUUUGCCGGGAUACACAGGCAGCUACUGUGAGAAAGAUAUCGAUGAGUGUGCAUCGACACCUUGUAAGAACGGCGCCACCUGUAAAGAUCUGAUUGGUUACUUCACGUGCGAAUGUGCCGAUGGAUUCCAAGGGUUGAAUUGCGAAUAUGAUAUCGACGAGUGUUCGACGAAACCUUGUCAAAAUGGUGGAAUAUGUCAUGAUUUGAUCAACGGAUUUCGGUGUUCUUGUCCGAAGGGUGCUUUAGGUAUGCUGUGUGAGAUCAACCCGAAUGAUUGCUAUGAGGGUGCUUGCUUCCACGGCGGUACCUGCUUGGACAAGGUUGGCUCCUUCGACUGUGCAUGCCCACCUGGCUUUGUUGGUGCACGCUGUGAGGGUGACGUCAAUGAAUGCCUCUCUAACCCAUGCGACAGCGUCGGCACUCAGGAUUGUGUACAACUCGUCAAUAACUACCGCUGUGACUGCAAAGCAGGCUUUACUGGACGUCUCUGUGAGAACCGUAUCAAUUACUGCCUAACAAACCCAUGUAAUCAUGGUGGAACUUGUAAAAAUGGAAAACGUGGACCAGUCUGUAUGUGUACCCAAGGAUAUUCUGGUGAUCGCUGUGAAUAUACCAACAGUGACUGUGACAGUUCACCGUGCCGUAGUGGAGGGACAUGUCACACCCGUCCCGUCGGCUACUUCUGUGAGUGCCCGACAGGAGCGACUGGUAUACACUGUGAGUUUGAUGUCUAUGAUGAGUGCCAGUCCAAUCCGUGUAUGAACAGUGGACUCUGUCUAAACCAAGUUGCCAUGUACCAAUGUCGCUGUCCACCACUCUGGAAUGGUAAAAACUGUGAGAUAUAUGAUCCUUACUUUACGGGAGGAAUCGCCAUUGAUGUCACAACCACACCAACCACACCUAUCCCGUUCGAUAAACAGAAGGAGCUGUGUAAACUCAACAAGUGUGACAAGAAAGGCAGCAAUGGAGUGUGUGAUAAAGAAUGUAAUACCCACGCCUGUAACUAUGACAACAAGGAAUGCUCCUUGGGGACGCUACCAUUCAAGAACUGUACCAAUCAGAAUGCAUGCUGGGAACUCUUCAAGAACGGUCAAUGCGACCAGAUUUGUAACACAGAGGCGUGUCUUUAUGACGGGUUUGACUGUGAGGAGAAAGUAGAGGAGUGUAAUCCAUUCUAUGACAUGUACUGCAGCAAUCAUUUCGCUAACGGACAUUGUGACACGGGAUGUGACACAGCGGCAUGUGCCUGGGAUGGUCUCGAUUGCGAUAAUGAAAACGAAAAGCUCGCCAAGGGUGAAUUGGUUGUCGUGAUCUAUAAAAUGACUCCAGCAGCAUUUAAGAAUAUCUCCACCCAGUUUGUGCGACGGAUGGGUAUGCUGCUUCGUGCGACUGUCAGGAUUAAGAAGGAUGUGUCUGGGAAUGAUAUGAUCUACCCGUGGCCGAACACCGUCAAACGUGUCAAGAGAUACAUCUCUGAUGUGUUCUCCCGAACCAAACGUGCUGCCGAGUAUGGGACAGAAGUCUAUCUUGUGAUUGACAUCCGCAAGUGUAAGGAGAGUAACUUGGAGUGUUUCGAUAAUACGAAAGAUGCAUCGGAGUUCAUCGUCGCUUCAAUGAACAAAGGAUGGGAACCUGGAGUGAUGAUUGGUCAAAUAUCUUCGACGACGGGUCCAAGAGAGCCCCCGACGACUGAUGUGACAAAGAAUCUAACGUACAUCAUGGCCGGCUCUGUUUGUAUCGUCAUCAUUGCGUUGUUGCUUGGUGUACUUGUAACAGUCUCUCGACGUCGUGCGCGGGGUAAUACCUGGUUCCCAGAAGGAUUUCUACGUGCAGCUGGGACUUCUAGGACGAGGCGAUCACAUCGUCGUGGACCAGAUGGAGAAGAAAUGAAAAAUGUCCACAAGGGGUCGCAACAGUCACAACUAGAUCGUGUUGAUGCCAAUGACAACACGACAGUGUCUCCACCAGAUGGCAGCAGCUGGACAGAGGAGGACACCAUGGGACAGCCGAAGGCAAAACGAUUCAAAACGGAACCGUCUAUGAUGACGGAAUCUUCCACCGACCCGACUCCUAAUGGUGAUGUCCCCAAUGGAGAUCUAGAUCAGACAGACACAAGGCAAUGGACACAGCAGCAUCGCGAUGCAGCCAAUAUUCACGGAGCACCGAUUAUGGCAAUGAGUCCACCUGCUGAUGAAGCUAUCGACACAAAGGAUGUGGAUGUUAGAGGACCUGAUGGGUUCACCCCCCUGAUGCUAGCCUCCUUCAGGGGAGCGGGACUGGAUGGUAUAGAUGACGAAAGUGGAUCCGGAUCGGCCGAAGGUGGAGAAAUCGACGACGGAUCUGCAGCGAUUAUUUCUGAUCUUCUGAUGCAGGGGGCAGCACCGAAUGCUCAGAAGGAUCGCACCGGAGAGACACCGUUACAUCUAGCUGCACGUCAUGCAAGAGCUGAUGCAGCUAAACGGCUCCUGGAUGCUGGGGCUGACCCUAAUGCCCAGGAUAACACUGGGCGGACACCACUUCAUGCUGCUAUUGGUGCCGACGCACAGGGAGUGUUCCAGAUCUUAUUACGGAAUCGCUCCACCAAUCUGAAUGCGCGGAUGCACGACGGAACGACACCAAUGAUCAUGGCAGCUCGGUUAGCCGUAGAAGGCAUGGUCGAGGAAUUGAUCAAUGCCGAUGCUGACAUGAAUGCCACCGAUGAGUACGGAAAGACGCCGCUUCAUUGGGCGUCGGCCGUCAAUAAUGUUGAGGCCACGAUCCUUCUCCUUCAGCAUGGUGCUAACAGGGACGCUCAAGAUGCAAAGGAUGAGACUCCUUUGUUCCUUGCUGCGCGAGAGGGAAGCUACGAAGCCGCCAAGUGCCUCCUGGAUCACUAUGCAAAUCGUGACAUCACAGAUCACAUGGAUCGGUUACCAAGAGACGUCGCACACGAAAGGAUGCAUCCUGAUAUUUUACGCCUUCUCGAUGAGUACCAUUUGAAUAGCCCAAUGAGCAACGGACUUUCAAAUUCACCAUCAAUGCCGAAUGGAGCGUACUGUCCGCCCGGGAUGAAGCAAGUUCGUCCUAAAUCGCGGAAGUCACGUGUCAAUCAUGCAAAGGAUCAGAUGUCGCCGGCUAAUGGCCGCCUGGUGGCUGUACCAAACCGCAGCAGCAGCAAGAACAAGCGCAAGAAGCCGCAACAAAAUGGACGCUCAUCUGCGCAGCAUAAUGGCGAGGUUUCAUCAAUCAGUGGCCUGUGUCCGGCAGAUUUGGAGAUCGAAUCUCCUACGGGUUACCCUGACCUCAGUAAAGGAUAUGAUCCAACGUGUAAUGGACAUAUGGGUAUUUCACAACAGGAUAUGCAAACCCUUGGUGACAUUGCCACAAGCUGUGCCAUGGCGCAAGCUCUCGAGGACCACAAUCGUAUGACGUAUGUGCCGGCAAAGUUGAUGCCUCCGAUGGAGCACAUGCGGGUGCAGGGAUCGGCGUAUCCCGGCCAACAUGGCAUCAGCUCGAGUCCUAAUGGACAGGUCGGCAUGAAUGAGAUGUACUCGAGCAGUAGUCCUGCAUCACAGUGUAGUGUCAACAAUGGAUAUAACAGCCCGAGUUCGUCGGGUAGUAGUCCGAUCAAUCAAAAUGUUGGCUCGCCCAACAAGAAGGGACUGGGACUUCCAACCUCGCCCACACACAUACAAGCCAUGCAAAAUGCACAGUUCAAUCUUCGGCAUAGUCCACAUAAUUAUUUGGAAAGUUUUGGACUUCCUCCAGAUUUGAAUAGCAUUCCUGUCUCCGUUAUCGGCCCUGACAUGUCGCGGCAACAAAAGGGUUAUCCUCCACAAACACACAUCAAUCUUCAUAAUCAUCACAUGACACCAAUCGAUCAGUAUCCCACGCCACCGUCGCAACAUAGCAAUCAUGUGGACUCAACGUCGCAACACGUGAAUGGUCUACCACUGCCGGAUACGCUGUAUCUUACACCAUCACCAGACUCACCCGGGCAAUCGCCAGGUCAGUGGUCAAGCUCCUCACCACAUUCCGCCCACUCUGAUUGGUCAGAAGGCAUAUCGAGUCCCCCGCAACCAGUUGGUCAGAUGCCCGCCAAUCGAGCGGCGAAAAAACAUUUAGCGGAUGCGAUCUACAUUUAGGUGUUCACGUUGAAGCUGAACUGUUCAGACUUCUAGAGCUGUGAUGAGAUUAAAUGUUCACGUACUCACGUUAGAAAAUCAUCCGGUUGAGUUUCACGAAGUUAAAGUUAUUGUAAUCAUCGCAGGGCCAACUUGGCUGCUGUCUAUAACUGCUUUGACACACAUUGCUGUGUUAGAACAGUAAAAAGGAACUGAAUAGGUGAUUUGAAAAUGAUUCCUUGUGACUGCUCAAAGGAUAGUUUUCUAAUGUGAACCUGAACACCAUGCACAAAUAACUGUAAAUAAUGUGGCCAAAGACUGCUAGUGAUGUGACUGAGAUUCAUGGAGACUUACGGAGCCCGUGAGAGAUUGACUCUAUGCACUUUUAUACGAUGGCUUCAAUAUUCUGAUAGUGGCAGCAAGGAUAUACCCGCAGAAAGUCCAAUAAACCAAAUGUGCUCUGUAAAUGUAUCAAGUGUGAGUAAUCAAACUGAAAAUACUUUCGGCAUACACCUACAUGUAACUUGAUGACAUUUUUGUGUUCCCAUACAUAUUUUCUUACCAAUAGUACUGUCAUUUUGGGUUGUAAUAUGAUUACAGAAGAUUUCUGACUUUCGCAGUGUUCGUGCCUGCUGGGAAGCUGAUACUACAAUAGACUUUUGAAGAACUCUGGUUCUUAUUUUCUGAAGAAAAGAUGUAUAUAUUUCACAUUGGUUUCAUUCGUCAGAACACUGAAAGCAUCCAAGUCCUAUGCGACUUAAAUCUUUCCGGUGGUGUUGUCCUUGGAGAAUUGAAUGACUUUUAGUCAUCAUUUCUGAAUAUACCCAUAUUCAUUGCUGGCCUUCAUAUGUUCAUGUAUGUAGUGCAUAUCGAGUUCUAUACAUGUAUAUGCAGGGAUGUAAAAUAUUAUAUAUUUUGUACAACAAUGACCUAUAUCACGUUUUCUAAUGUUUUCACAUUUAUAUACGAGUUCUCCAUGUGUAGGCAUGUUCUCCUAUCAUUGUGUGGUAUGGUAGUUAGGUAAGAUAGUUAACCCUUUAAAGACUCGCCUUCUCUAACUUUGGAGGUUAACAGAUCUUGUCACCAUUUCCUGCCUGAGCACCACAUGUAGAGGUUCUCCUGCAAUGCAUUAUUCAAGUCUUUUCGUAGAACCUUGAUUUGAUUUCGUCAUCGACUUUCAGCAACACUUCUUGAAAGAGAAAAUGUUGAAUAUUUUCUCCAUCGACGUGAUAUCUUUAAAGGGUUAACGUCUUCUCUCUGUCAUAGAGUAGGUGUCUCCUUCAUCAAUCCCUCAAAUAAAGUUCAUAUUUAUUUUUCUACUGGGAAUAUUCUGCCUCAGUCUGACUUUGUUGGUGAGAUUAUUUCGAGGUUUUUGGCAUUUUGGGUUUCACAGGACCUGUUACAACUAUUGUGUCUUUAAGGGGGAUAUUUCAUUUUUGUGACACAAUACAAAUUGGGGUUAUUUUUCAUUUGUAAAGAUCUGCAAAUCUGUGUUAUUAUUCUGUAAAUAGUGUAGUUAUGUAGAUACACAUUGAAACUUGUGUUCUGGGUCACUCCAUUCUAUUUUCAUUAUCAUUUGUGUCAGGUUUGUCUUGUACACCCCUCUGAUUCAAAAUGAGCGUGAUCCAGUACUGUCAUUAUGGCUUAAAAUUGAUUGGGUUCAUUUUUGCUGGAGGGGUGAUUUUCUGAAUAUUGAAGGAUCACAUGAUUUAUUUGUCAAUGUUAUUUUUACUCAUAUUGGUCACUGAUAUUGUUUAGGGGUAUUUUUUAUUCUCAUUUAUGGAAAUGGAUUAACAUCCAUAAUGUGAAAUUUUUCAAGGAAAUUUGUUGGGAAUAUUCCUGAUGAGUUUUAGCUCGAGUCAGAAUGAAGCACAACCAGUCGUCUUCAGUCAGCCAGGUGCAAAGUUUUUAAAAAGCCAAUUCAAGUUUUGUUGAAAUCAAAUGUCAAAGGUCGGCGAUGUCUUCCAAGGCGUGUGAGGUGUCAUUUAUGACAAAACUCAAGAAAGCUUUCCUGUUCCUAAUAAUGAUAGGUCGACAAUCAAAAAUGAUUUGAUUCUCAAUGGUUUGGAAAAUCUGAAUGGCUACUUGGGUUAUGGGUUACCUUUAAUUUAUUUCUUGCAAACUUUUUGUCCAUAUUUACGUUGGGCUUUGCUUCUCGACAUAUUGCGCUAUUUUAAGUUUGGUACUUUUGCGUUGAUUGUGUACAUAGAAUUUUGUAAAUUAUUUAUUUGAAAACUUUGCAGCUGGCUGAACAGAGGGAGACUGUUGUUAGCUUCCUUUGAUAUGUUGAAGGAUCCAGAGGAAGUUUGAGGAAAUAUCCAAUCUGUGCAUCUGCUCUUCGGCCAUGCAUUUCAUGUGCUUUGGGACUGUCACUGUAUCUGCAUAGUUAAGCCUUACUAUCCUUUAUGGAACCAAACUUAGCAUUUUGAUACCAUAAUUUCACAACUAUUUUAAAUCAGCCUUUGACAAUGUCCCAUUUUACGUAUUGUGGAAUGUUUCCCUUUUACAUCUUUAUCAGAAGAAUUCAUGCACUAAAUUAUUUUAAAUUAUUACAGUCUUCCAAGGUUGUUGAAAUUAAGUGUCAAAUCUGAGGACACACACUGUUAAUUAUCAAUAUCGUUACUUGUGAUUUACUGCAGUGCCUUUCAUGUGGUUUUUAGCAUUUGUAAGACAAUGUUUACACAUCAGUUUGUUGGCAUGACGACACAUCUGGUUGCUAUGUUAACUUGUUUCUCAGAUGAAGAAUCUCAUCUUUUUGAUCUGACAGUUUUUGUCAAAGUUUGUUAGAGUAUUCCAAUAUUUUGUUUCCAUGGUGAAUUUUAAGGUAUGUCUCCAUGGUUACCAAUGGUAUCAGUGGAGAUUUACUGACAAAUACUCUUUCCUUUUAACCUUAUUAAGACAAUGGCUAAGAGCAGAAGUGUAAGAAGAAGUGUAAAUACGUGUUCAUGCUUAUUGUCAGGGUUUAGCAAGACUGGACUGGGUUUAGUUGGGUUGUCGUGUUCUGCACAAUUUCCUUUUUUUAUGAGCCUCAGGCAAGAUAAAGAAACUUGGUUUUGGAUGCUGAACUUGAACUCUAAUCAGAUUUUGCAUGUUUUCACUUCUCAUUUGUUUGUUUUUGUGAGGUCUGUAUCAUCACCAGUUGUACAGUUGUGUGUUAAUCCUGAGACUCGGAGUAUCAACCGGCUUGGGAUGUGUAUGCUGUGACCCAUACCUGCAGGUUAGGAUGCCAAUGCAAGGAUAACCCCAAUGAAAACUUAUGUUUACGUUGGACUACACUGACCCAGUCCGUCUGUCACCCAAUUGCAUGGCUUGAGGCUGUCGCUACAGCAAUGGUUUGUAACAUAUCAAUGUUAUAGGUUGAUGAGAUUUUCUUGUACAGAAUUGGUCGAAUGCAUUUAUCAUCAAUAACUAGUGACCCAAUACUUGAAUGAUGUCAAUAAAAUUAGUUAUACAAUUGUAA